AUGGUGACUUCCAGCAGCAGUGAUUAUGAUUAUUAUUACUCCUCCAACUCUUCUGAUGAAGAUUCCCAAUCUUUUGUAGCCAAAUCACGAGCUAAGAUGAACCAUGCUAAGAGAGCGAAGCCUAGCACACCCCUCAAUGACCAGAGAGUUACUUAUGAUGAGAUUAUGAAGAGAAAAUCUGAGGAUGAUAGAAUAGAUGAUCGUCAGCGUAGAAAGGACCAAACCCGGCGCACAGUGCUAGCGACUGAGGAGAAGCUUCGAUCUCAAGCUGAUGGUGUACCUUCUGAAUCUGAUGCUUCAGAAGAUGAACCCGUGUGGGUUCCAAGGGAUCGCAAGAUGAAUCCAGACCGGCAUACCAGAGAGAUCAGAGAGAUUAUGAAACAAGUCGAAGAUGACCUUGCAGCUGAGCGUAAAGAAGAAGAUGACUGGGACUCAAGCGAUCCUAAUAUUCUCCCAGACUUCGUCAAUGGACCCGAUAAUGAUUCCGACGAAGAAGAGGAUUCCGAGAAAGACGAUGAUGAUGACUCUGAAAGAUCUGAUGAUUCCGAUGAAUCUGACGAUUAG